CAGUUCUGCUUUCUCUUUCUCAGUUGAAGUCUGCAUUAAGAUACACAGCGCAGGAACCAAAUCAUGACGUCUCUCCUUUUUCUUGCACUUACCAUUAAUCUGGCAUCAGCAGCCUCCCAUUCUCUUCACUACAUCUACACUGCAGUAACUCCAGGAAUGCAAUUCCCAGAGUUCACCACAGUGGGUGUGGUAGACAGGGAACAGUGUGAUUACUAUGACAGCAACAUCAGGAGAGUGAUCCCAAAGGCUGAGUGGAUGAAGAAGAUAGACGCUGAUGAUCCGGAGUACUGGAACAGAAACACUCAGACUCUGCUGAGUGAUCAGGGGACCUUCAAAGCUAACCUGGAUACUCUAAUGCAGCGCUUCAACCACACUGACGGUUUUCACACAUUCCAGUGGAUGUACGGCUGUGAACUGGAUGAUGAUGGAACCAAGAGAGGAUACAUGCAGUUCGGUUAUGAUGGAGAAGACUUCAUCAGUCUGGAUCUGAACACUCUCACCUGGACUGCAGCCAACGCUAAAGCUGUUAUUACCAAACACAAGUGGGAGAGUGUAAACUGGGCUGCUCAGGUGAAGAACUACCUGGAGAACACCUGCACUGAGUGGUUACAGAAGUAUGUGGGUUAUGGCAGAUCCACUCUGGAGAGGAAAGUCUCUCCUGAGGUGUCUCUGUUCCAGAAGGACUCUUCUGCUCCAGUGGUGUGUCAUGCUACAGGUUUCUUCCCCAAAGCAGUGAUGAUCUACUGGCAGAAGAAUGGAGAGGAUCUGCAUGAGGACGUGGAGCUCUUUGAGACGCUACCCAACCAGGAUGGAACCUUCCAGAAGAGGAUCAUUCUGACUGUCUCACCUGAGGAGCUGAACAGACACAACUACAUCUGCAUCAUUGAGCACAGCAGCCUGGAGAAGGAGAUGGUGCUACAGGUGGCUGAUCAAAGAGUCCAGUCAGCCACCUCAACAGGCUUUUUUCAUUUUAUUGCACUUGACCCUUCUGGACCCAGCAAAUCAGGACCAACCAAGUCAGCACUCCAAUCUGCCUCCCAUUCUCUUCACUACAUCUACACUGCAGUAACUCCAGGAAUGCAAUUCCCAGAGUUCACCACAGUGGGUGUGGUAGACAGGGAACAGUGUGAUUACUAUGACAGCAACAUCAGAAGAGUGAUCCCAAAGGCUGAGUGGAUGAAGAAGAUAGACGCUGAUGAUCCGGAGUACUGGAACAGAAACACUCAGACUCUGCUGAGUGAUCAGGGGACCUUCAAAGCUAACCUGGAUACUCUAAUGCAGCGCUUCAACCACACUGACGGUUUUCACACAUUCCAGUGGAUGUACGGCUGUGAACUGGAUGAUGAUGGAACCAAGAGAGGAUACAUGCAGUUCGGUUAUGAUGGAGAAGACUACAUCAGUCUGGAUCUGAACACUCUCACCUGGACUGCAGCCAACGCUAAAGCUGUUAUUACCAAACACAAGUGGGACAGAGAAGCCUGGGCUGCUCAGGUGAAGAACUACCUGGAGAACACCUGCACUGAGUGGUUACAGAAGUAUGUGGGUUACGGCAGAUCCACUCUGGAGAGGAAAGUCUCUCCUGAGGCGUCUCUGUUCCAGAAGGACUCCUCUGCUCCAGUGGUGUGUCAUGCUACAGGUUUCUUCCCCAAAGCAGUGAUGAUCUCCUGGCAGAAGAAUGGAGAGGAUCUGCAUGAGGACGUGGAGCUCUUUGAGACGCUACCCAACCAGGAUGGAACCUUCCAGAAGAGAAGCGCUCUGACUGUCUCACCUGAGGAGCUGAAAAAGAACGAGUACACCUGUGUCAUUCUGCACAGCAGCCUGGAGAAGGAGAUGGUGCUACAGGUGGCUUAUUGAA